ACCUGAGAGCAUCUAUAGACGUUUUUAGUCAAGGGAAUGUAAAGUCUUAUGGUCAAUUACUUUUUGACAUUCAUAGAUAUCAGCUAAUUGUAGGUUCAAGGGAUUAUUUAUUUCGACUAAGUCUGGAAGGUUUAAAAAAACUUGAAGAAGCUCACUGGCCCGCUGAUGAGGAAAAAGUUCAAACUUGCUACCUGAAAGGAAAAAGUGAAGAAGACUGUAGGAAUUACAUUAAAGUGUUACUGAGCUUUGAUGGAAAACUGUUUUCUUGUGGUACAAAUGCUUUCUUCCCAGAAUGUUCCUGGAGAGAGAUUAACUCAUUGAAAUCUAUUAAAGAUUGGGUUGAUGGCACUGCGAAGUGCCCAUAUAGUCCUUAUGCAAAUAAUACAGCUCUUAUGACAUCUCAGGGUGACUAUUAUAUUGCCUCAACUAUAGACUUCUCUGGUCGAGAUCCUGUAAUUUACAAAAUAAUGGGAAAACAGCCAUUUUUAAGAACAGUCCAGUUUGAUCCAAAGUGGUUAAGUGAUGCAAAUUUUGUGGCUUCCUAUGAAAUUGGAAACUUUACUUACUUUUUCUUCAGAGAAGCUGCAGUAGAGUACAUAAACUGUGGAAAGGUAAUUUAUUCUAGAAUAGCCCGCAUUUGCAAAAAUGAUGAAGGUGGAAAAUUUAAUUUGAAAGGAAAGUUUACUACAUUCCUUAAAGCACGGCUGAAUUGUUCCAUUCCAGGCAACUAUCCAUUUUACUACAAUGAAAUUCAAAGUGCAUAUUACAUUGAGAGGGAGGAAAUAUUUUAUGCAACUUUUACGACACCCGUGAACAGUAUUUAUGGAACUGCAGUGUGUGCCUUUAAUAUGUCAUCCAUUCAUAAUUCAUUUACUGGUGCUUUCAAAUUCCAAAGUAAUCCAAAAUCUGCAUGGGAAAGACAAACAUCUCCCAGAAAAUAUUUUCAGUGUGAAAGCCCUGGAAAUCCAGAACACCUUUUAGAUCCAGAACACUUUUUAGAUUCAGAAAAAUAUCAGUUGAUGAAUGAAGCUGUUCAACCUAUGACGCCAUAUCCAAUUCUGAAAGCUGAGAAUGAAAGGUACAGCCACAUUAUUGUUGAUAUUGUGCAGACUAAAGCUUCGGGUAAUGUGCAUGUUAUGUUUAUUGCAUCUGUGGAAGGAGUCAUUCAGAAGCUUGUUGUCAUUCCAGACACAAAAGAAACAUGUCUAAUUGAGAAAAUAAAUAUUUUUACUGAAGGCAGUAAGGAUAGACUAAAAGUUCUGAAACUUCUGAAAGAUACGAAUUCAUUGUAUAUUGGAACAGAAGAAUCAGUUCUUAGGAUCCCCGUCCACAGGUGCAACCGAUUUCACACAAAAAGUGAAUGUUUAAAUGCAAUGGACCCUUAUUGUGGUUGGAAUGAUAAUCAAAUGGCUUGUACAACAGCACCUGGCAGAAACCCACUCAGAACAUUUUGGCUCCAAGAGGAAACUUCUUGCUCAAAAGCAAAAUUGCCAAUUGAUGGGGGAUGGAGCUCAUGGAGUCCUUGGUUUGAAUGUUCUCAAGUUGGAAAUGAAAUAUCAGGUGACAGAUGUCUGUGUCAGACUAGAGCUUGCAACAACCCACCUCCUGCAAAUGAUGGUAAAGAUUGUGAAGGAAGUAUGGUUAAUGUUGCUAACUGUUCAAGAAAUGGGCAGUGGACCGAAUGGUCUUCAUGGUCAUCAUGUUCUCAGUCUUGUGGUUUAGCCAUAAAAACUCGUAGACGGACUUGUGGAAAUCCGGCGCCAGCUUAUGGAGGGAAAAUAUGUAUUGGUCAUGAACGUGAAGAGAUCUACUGUACUUACAAUCCUCCUUGUCCUGUGGCAACUGUUUCACCAAUUGAUGGACAUUGGUCAGAAUGGAGCACAUGGGAGGAAUGCAGUGCACCUUGUGCUGGUGGAAUACAGAUUCGACGGCGACGUUGUAACAGCCCGCCUCCUCAACAUGGAGGCCGAGAAUGUUUGGGUUGUAACCAAGACUUUAAAUUUUGUAAUUUACAUGCAUGCCCAGAGGUGAGGAAAUCCACUCCUUGGACACCGUAUCUCCGAGCCAAUAAAACAAAAGAUGGCUUUUUUGAACAACGUUUCAGAUUUUCAUGCCGUGCUAAUGUUCCUGAUGAGUCGAUGCUCAGAAUUGCUCAUGUGAAGAAGGAAGAAAGAUUUUGUCUCGAAGGCAGCAAAGCAUGUUUAGAUUCAGCUUUCUUGAAUAUUGAGGGUGACUGGUCAGUUUGGUCAACCUGGUCUGAAUGUAGUGCUACUUGUGGUGGUGGAGUCCAAUAUCGGGAAAGAACAUGCGAUGACCCCAAUCCCACAGAUGGUUCACGGUGCAUUGGUCCUGCACGGUUAGAAAGACCAUGCAACAUUGAAAAUUGUGAAGAUGUCCAAGGGUGGGAAGAGUGGUCAGUAUGGUCCCUUUGUGAUGAAAAUCAUGAACAACAAAGAAGACGCAAAUGCAAAUUUUCACACACACCUAACAAUUAUUGUGUUGGAUCAACAAAAGAGAUUAGGAUGUGUAUACCUAGUCAGCUAAGUGUAGCUUCAGAAAGUACUCAUUCUGUUGAAGAUGGUAUUCGUGCAGUGCAUGUUGUUGGAGCAAUUAUUGCUGGUAUUAUCAUAGGUGCAACUGUUGCAGCACUCGCAACAUAUUACUACAUGAAAAAGAAUAAUAUCCAGAGGCAUUCGCCUGUAGCCACACAAUUAAUUCCAGUCAAACCUAAUACAUAUGUUGAUGAAAGUGAGUGGAAAAACAACUUUUCGAGCAAAGUAUCACCUCAAAAAAUUCCACUCCGUGAAGCGACCAUCAAAAGGAACGGUAAUUUGAGGGCACAGCUACAGUCUGAUAAUUUUUAAAUAAUCACAUAUUAUCAUUUCAUUUUACUUCAGUACUGGACAUUUCAGUUCACUACCUUCAAAUGCUGUGAAAGUAAACAAAAGACAAUGUAAAAAUGACUUUUUUAUAAGUGUGAUCGAAAGUUACAUAGUAUUGUUCAGGAUUUCAAUGUGCCAUAGAAAAUUCAUCUAUGCUGUUGUUUUAAUAUUGUAUAGAUUUUAUAAUUGAGCUUGUCAGACUCUUAGUUCCUUAAACCUCCAAGUUAACUGAACUGUAAAUUGUACAUUGGAUACAAGGUUUAUUUUAGCUAAAGAAAGUGCCAACUGACGCAUAUUCUACGUAGUAAAAUUAUAUAUAUGUAAUGUAUGUUUUUUCAUAUUGCUGGGAUGCAAGUUGAAUAUAAUAAUAGUACUAAAUAUAAGGAGUCACAUACAUAAAUUUAUUUUUUAUAUGAGAUGAUGGAAACUAUUUAACCAUGAAAAAAUAGUUUUUCUACAGAAGUUAAAUUAUUCUUGUAUGUUGUGUGGUUGAGAACACAUAAAGAUGUAUAUAUUAAAAGUACAGAAAAAUUACUGUAUUUAACUCAUACCUAGAAUAUCAAGUUAAAAGUGGAAAUUUAACAUUCACAUUAUAAAAAUGUAGCAUUGACUUACAAUAUAGAUAAGUGCUUCUCACUUCCUAGUUUUCUGAAGUUUAAAGUUGCUAAAAGUGAAAUAGAGUAAAAGGUGUUAAAUUCCAGCUGUUUAAUUUUAGGACUAGGAAAAAUAUUUGCAUUAUAAUUUAAGUUAAUCUGUAAUUCAAAUGAUUUCCCCCUUGUAGUAAAAUUUCUCUUUAGUUAAUUUUAAUCAGCUAUGUGAAAAAAAAUGAUAGACUUGGAAGUAGUAUGCAGAAUUUGUAUUGUAUUCCUUCAAACAUAAUUCUAAAAGCCUCAUGUAAUUUAUUAGAACAGUGAAAACACUGAAAUUAUGGACUUAUAUUUUAUACAUCAAAUAUUUUUAUUUGGAGAUAAUUUUUUCAUAACUUUAAGAAUGCUUGAAUGUACUAUUUUUACAGAAAAGAUUAUUUUUGUAACUGCUACAUUUUAGAAUUAGUUUACAGUAGUUUCAUUGCACACAUUUUUUGAAACAUGUAAAUAUUGUGCAUGCUUGUUUUAAUUAUUAGAAAGAAACAUGAUAAUAUUUUUAAAAUCUCAAGCAAAUUAAAAUUAAAUGUUUUUGCUUAAGUUGUAUAUUUUUAAUGAUCAAGAAAAUCAUUAAAAGGAGAAUUUAUACAAAUUUACAUGUUUAAGUGGCUGCAAGAAUAUUUGUAGUUACUAUAUGUAAUUUUAUGUUCAUAACAGAUGUAUAAAGGUAAAUUUUUUUCUGAAAAAUGUUAAUUCUGCAAACAUGUUACUUUCUAGAUUAUUCCGUUUUUUUUAUUUCCUCAGAAAAUCUUAAUACCAAAUGAAAUAAUUUUAAAAGUAAAUGAAAAACAAAUGUUAUUAUAAAUCAGUCAGUUUUUGAAAGUAAAAUUCCAUUUUAAAAGAACCUAUUUUGUGCAAAUGUGCUUUUUUGUUCAAGUUAGUGAACUGGUGUAUAUGAAAGAUAUUGUAAAUAACACUAAUGAAAGAAUGUUCAGGGAUAAGUAUCUAUUUGUAAAUUGUGUACAGUAUUUUGAAUAAAAUGGAACUUUCAUGAAAUGUAAUAGGA